AGAGUGCAACAGGACUGUUUGCAGCAUUCACCGACGCACAUCACCAUGAAGGCUGUGUUUUCCCUGGCCUUGUUCUGCGUCGCCAUUGCCCUGGCGUCGGCUGGCCUACACCACGGCGGUCUCGGCCUGGGUCAGGGAGGCUUUGGUGGAGGAUACGGUCUGGGUGGAGGUCACGGUGGCUUCGGAUACGGUGGCCUUGGACAUGGCGGUCUUGGUAGCGGUUACGGCCUUGGUGGCCUCGGUGGUGGUUUUGGACAUGGAUACGGCGGCAACUACGGAGGAAGCUACGGUGGAAACUACGGCGGUUCCUACGGCGGAAACUAUGGUGGACAGUACGGAGGACUCGGUGGUGGAUUUCACGGCUAACCUCUUCCUCUGAGCCGUACUGCUUUUUGCACAGGGGACCCAUCAGCCAGAAUAUAAACCUACAAGACUUCGACCUAUCCACACAAAUGAGUUUCAAGAAUAAAAAAAAAGUUGUCUUAAGCAUGCAAAA